CUUUAUUUAUGAAGCCGAUCUAUAGAAACUCUUCAGAAGGAAAAAUGAACCAUGUGAAAUAUAAUCCCAGGAAGGGAGAAGUUAUCACCCAGCAUAAGGAAAUGAAUCGUUCAAAAGGAGUGUCAAGUGCGAAAUAUAGUAAGAAAAUCAAGCAUAAAUAAGGCAAUGAAGAGGAGACUAAAUUUAAAAACUCCUAGAGUAGAGUCAACAGACCCGAUUCAUAAUUUUAUUCAAAAAUCAACACGGAAGAGGAAGCAGUCUAGCCAAUCUGGAAUGAGGAGUUUAGAUGAAUUCACUGAAGGUGGAUACAACAGAAUUACUAACUUGGCCUCUUCAGAGAAUAUAAGAAAGUUCAAGGAAGUUCCGUCACAAAGCUUCGUCGCUCUAAAUAUCAAUGACAAAAUACCAGAUGUCCAUAUCCCAAGUCAAUACAAUGUCAAAAGUGAUUUGACUGCUAAUAAUUUGACAUCUGUCAGAACAUUAAAGGAGUUUAAAAAAUCUUCCCAAUUCGGCCAGAAUAAGAAGAGUAUCAGCGUGCAGAACAAAGAAUCUUUGAUCAGGAACGAAGGGAAGACGACCAUUAAUCUCAUAUCCAUCCUAAACAAGAGUAAUAAUAACUCUUUGUCUAUUAACAUUAAAGAUGAGACGAAUGAUAAUGGGGUAUUUCCUCAGAAAGUUAAAUUUUAUCGUGAUUUUGAUAAUCCAGAUCUUACCUUUUUCCCUGAAAUAAAGCAGACACUUGAAAGGAAUGCAACAAAGAUAAAAACCAGAAAUCUUGACGCUAAGGUAUCUGCAGGUUCAGAUAACUUCAUUCCGAGAAGAGUUCAGAAGGUUCAGAAUCAUCAAAGAAGAGAAAAAGAUGCCAAGUAUUUUGAGGGGAGUCAGACUCCUGGUAGAUCAUUGCUAAAUAAACAAUCAACCAUCACUUCCAAGGAUUUGAGUGUUGAUGUCUCUAAUACUUUGUGGAACAGAGAGAAACCAAGUGAGGCCAUACGUGAGGGCAUAAAUUUGAAAGACCAAGAGCCCUCACCAAAAGAUUUUCUGAAACCGAAUAAGCAGGAAAAUCGGCCAGGCACUUCUUUUGAUUCAAGUAAAAGGAGCACAGAUGGGAAUAUGGCUCAAUACUCUUAUUCCUCUCAGGCAUCUGACUUUAAGUCACAGAAGGAAGAGUCAAAGGAGGAGAGUAUAGAGAUUAAUAAAGAGAAAAUGCAUGAGAUUCAUCAAAAGAAAAGCCCAAUCAAAUUAUUCUCCUGCUUUCAAGCUGUCGAGCAAAGAUCUGACGAUACACUUACUUUUAGAUCAGAAAGAGAUGAUAUAGAAGCUGCUGUUUGAGAAUUAGUUGCAGAAAGAGCCUUUGCUCAGAAAAUGAGAAUAUUUUCAUACUUUAAAACUUACAUUGGCUCACCAAUCCUGUUGAAACUCUGAAUGGUAUUUCGCUCUAAGGUACAAAUGAAGCUGAAGUCUCAGGUUUUUCAUGUAUUGAAAAAUAACCUGAUACAACAGAAACGUCUCAAGCUCAAAGCGAUUGGUACUAAAAGAAAAGAAGAACUUGAGAAAUUACAGGAAAAGGUUGCCAAAUUAGAAGCUCAAAAUAAGCUAAUUAGUAAUUCAAGAUUUAAGAAGAGGAAGAAAAAGUCUCCCGAUCGGGAGAAGGAAGUUAUCAAGGAAAAGCCCAAAAUUCCCAAGGAAGCUGUAGUUAAUCAACCCACUCUAGUCAGACUUGGUAUUAAGAAGAUGAUAUCUACUAUAUUGAACUCAAAUAUUCUUACCAAGAGCGAACAGAAAAGGACAAGCUCCCUUGCUCCUCAAAAUUUUAUGAGACUCUGUAAUAUUUUUGAAGGGACCAAAUCUGAGGAUCUUAAUAACUUGUUAAAGGCUUCUGAGACUCUCAUUGUAGAGCAUGACGGUAUUUCACAUAAGCAGGAUAAUAAUUUCGUAAUGCGUUGGGCAAUAUACGUUAUAAAAACAGGCCUAACUAAGCUUAAAUAUAAAUACGAGUUGAUACAAUCAGAGAACUCUAAGAUCAACAUUGCGAAACAAACUGAAAGAGAAAGAAGAAUGAUCGAAAAUGGCUACAAUAUCAGAAGGAAGAAAGUAAAGCAGCCGCUGGAAACAUCAUUUGAGAAUAUAAACGAUAUAUCAAAACUGAUUAACAGGUUGGAGGAAUUCAGGUAUAAGAAUCUUAAUACGCUCAAUUGCUCAAUAUGACAUGUUCUGUUUAUUCUUUAUUGAUGCAAAGUGAAGAAAUGAUCACUUCCUGAGCAUAAGAGGAGUACAGAUCCCGGACUAUUGAUUACCUUGGAGGAUAUCACUUUGAUAAUGAAUACUAAAGAACAUCAUAAUACCCAGUUUAAUUACAAAUCUGUGGGACCUGAUGACUUAAUAGAUUUGAAGACCUGUUUUAUUUCCCUCCAGUCUUAUGAAGAAGAUGCUGAAAAACUCAAUGAGUACUCUAAGAAUCUAUAUUAUUUGCUUUUAAAACUCUGAGUUCAAAAUCCUAAAUGCGCAAUUUCUGAAGAGUUAGAAGAGCCGGAUAUAUCUUUGAACUCACAAAUUAAUCAAUUUAUUUACUCAAAUACGCUGGUGAAGGUCUUCCCAAGGUAUUUCUUUCCUUAUCUAUUGUAAUGGGUCCUUCUGCUCAAUACGGAACCCAGAAAACAGUAGAUUUACUGCCA